AUGUUGAUCGCUUUCAAGACGGUAACAAAGAGACAAUUUGAGUUAGAAGCCAAUCCUACCGAUACCAUCAAACACUUGAAACAAUUGGUAGAGGACAAUACCGAAUUCAGCAGUGCUGGUAUGAAACUUAUUUACGGAGGAAAGGAAUUAAACGAUGAUCAAACAAUAGAAUCCGCAAAUAUUCAAUCUAACAUUGCUAAGAAGGAAGAGGAAACAACAUCUUCUACUACUACCUCCUCCGAAACAAAACCACCAACUACCACAACAGCAACCGAAAGUACACUUCCUUCUAUGACCACUCCUGCUAGUACUACAGCAACAACCACAACAGCAACCACACCUCAAGCUCAAGAGCAAAUACCAGGUGGACCUGGAACUGCUGAAUACGACGAGGCAGUACAACAAUUUUUGGAGAUGGGUUAUGAUAGAAAUGAUAUCGAUGAAUGUAUGAAGGCUGCUUUUUAUGAUAGAGCCACUGCUGCUGAAUUUCUCAUUUCCGGUAUUCCAGAAAAUGUCAAGCAAAUGAUGCAAGAACAUGGAGGAAAUAUGCCAACUCCACCACAAGGUGGUGUUGCAGGACUUCAGGGCAACCAACAGGGGUUCAGUUUGCGUGAUUUGUUUACUCUUUCACCACAGCUUAACAAUUUGAGAAAUGCUAUUAGACAAAAUCCAACACUUUUACGUGAAUUUUUACAACAUGUAUCGCAAGUGAGUCCGGAGUUAUAUCAAAUCAUUCAAUCGAAUCCUCGUGAAUUUUUGGAAAUUAUUAAUGAAACUGGACCAACACAAGCAGGAACAACGCCACCAACUGGUGUGCCAACCGGAGGAGAGACUGGUGGAGAACAAGCAGGAAUUCCAGGAGGUCAACAACCUCCACCAGGUACUGUUUACAUUACUCGUGAGGAUGAAAGAAAGAUCAAUGAAUUAGUCGGUCUAGGAUUUACCAAAAAUGAGGCUAUUCAAGCCUAUUUGGCAUGUGAUAGAAACCAAGAAAUGGCAGCCAAUCUUCUUUUUGAAAAUCGUGACAGGGGAUUCGAGGACGACGACGAAGAUGACGAACAACAAGGAGGUCAAGGUGGCGGUAUGCAUGACUAA